UGCAGACGCGCGCGCCAGCAUGCCUGUACUACAAUCUAUCUAUCUAUACUAUAUUAAAAGCAUUAACUCGUUAACUUGAAAGUUAAAUUACGUAAAUACCCUUCUUAUUUAACUAAUUUUCCUAUUUAAUUAAUUGCUUAUUACUAUUUUAUUAAUUAUAAAAAAAGAAGUACAGAUAGACCUAAACGCUUCUUGCUGUAGGAACAGUUGCCACAAGCCUUUACACCCUGAUUUGAAGAGAGUCGUCGUACUUGUAAUAAGUUGUCAUCCGAAGAGUUGCCAGCGUUUUGCUGUCACUUUCUCCUCAUGAUAUUCUUUGUUAACCUUCCCUUCAUCAAAUUGUCAUCUCCUUCUCUCAGUUUUGAUCAUCAUGUCGAAUUUGUCGAAGCUUGAGUUUGUGGCACUUGAUAUCUCGGGAAAGAAUUACCUAUCAUGGGUACUUGAUGCUGAAAUUCACCUAGACGCCAAAGGUCUUGGUGCCACUAUUACUCAGGAUAAUACAACAUCAAGUCAGGACAAAGCGAAGGCAAUGAUUUUCCUUCGUCAUCAUCUGGAUGAAGGAUUGAAGGUUGAAUACCUGACAGUGAAAGAUCCACUUGAAUUGUGGACUGGUUUGAAGGAAAGGUAUGACCACAUUAAGGUAACGGUAUUGCCCAGGGCUCGUUAUGAGUGGAUUCACUUACGGUUACAAGAUUUUAAAACUGUAUGUGAUUAUAACUCUGUUGUCUAUAGAAUUACUUCCCAACUGAAAUUAUGUGGGGAUAAUAUAACUGACGAGGAUAUGUUGGAAAAGACUCUUACGACUUUUCAUGCCUCCAAUUUGGUAUUACAACAACAGUACCGUGAAAGGGGUUUUAAAAAGCAUGCUGAUUUGAUAUCAUGUCUUCUUGUGGCUGAGCAGCACAAUACCCUUUUAUUGAAAAAUCAUGAAGCCCGUCCCACUGGAACUGCUCCAUUCCCGGAAGCGAAUGUGGUAGCAACACAUGGCCCAACUGAAAGAAGACAAAAUAAUCGAGGCCAUAAUAAUGAGCGUUGGCGUGGCAGGGGCAAGGGACGAUAUAAUAAUCGUCGUGGUGGUGGUCACCAUAAAAGGGAGAACAAUAUGGGUUAUCAAGGCAAUCCUUCAAGGAACAACUGUCAUCGUUGUGGUUUGAAAGGUCACUGGAAAAAUGAAUGUCGGGCGCCUGAACAUUUUGUCAGGCUUUAUCAAAAUUCCUUCAAAAGAAAGGCAAAUAGAGGUGGUGCCUCUUCUGCUAAUUCCCGGGUGGAGUCACACAUGACUUUUAAAAAUAACGAUGAGGCAGGGCCUUCACAAAAAUAUGAUGAUAAUGUUGAAGCUAAUUUGGCUUUGAAAGAUGAUGAUUUUGAUGGGCUUGAUGAUAUUACUCAUUUGGAAGUUGAAGACUUCUUUGGAGAUCGAAAUUGAGAUUUGAUCGUUUCACUGGGGAAUGUGUUAUGUUAUUAUUUUUAUUUAUGUGUUUUAAGUUGUCUUUAUGUUGUUUUAUUUUCGAGAAGUACUUAAAUUCUCUAUGUUGUUUUAUCUUCUGGAUUAGUAAUUAAGUUUUAUAUUGUUAGUUUCCGUAUUUCUUACGAUGUAUUUUUGUUUUUAUGAAGAUAAAUAAAAUUCCCCAGUCUUUAAUUGGA